AUGGACAAGAAAGACUACAUGGAUGUCGACGGCGAACGCGACGCGGUGCGCCCUGCCAAACGCGCCCGCCACACUCCCCCGCCAGAUCCCUCUGUUCCCUCCACUUCUUACCAACCGCAGAAUGGCAACGGGCACACAGAAACGCUCUUUCCACUCUCUCAGUCUAUCCUAGGCGCUGAGCCUCUCGACGAAUUUACCCGCGAGGUCGCUGACUUCGUCCAUGCCAUGAUCAAUUCCCGCCCGGCCGGAGCAGGCACUGUCGAAGUUGAAGCGAAAGUCGGCGUGUUGAGGGAUAAGGUGAGCGGCCAACGCCUGCAGCUACCUGUUCUCGUCGAGACGAUCCUACUCCCGAACUCCUUCGAAUAUCGUUUCGAAUCCAAUAUGUCUCCGAUGCAGCAUAAACAUCUUAAUACCCUUCUCAACAACCUUAUGCUAACUUCAAAGACAUCCUACGCGCCAACGCCCUCCCCGCUGACCUACACCCACCUCCGCCUCGUCGAUUCAUUCUACCAGGCCGAUGGCCACGACCGCAUCCGUGUGACGCGCGACGAGAAGACCGGUGAAGUACAUGCAUGCGUGCGCAAGGUACGGUUGGGCGAUCUCGACAUAUUUAGCCCAAAGCGUGCUGCGGACUGGCGGAUCAGCGUGAACGUGGAGAUACCAGUCCCUCCGCCGUUGGGGUUGGCGACACAUUCGCGGCGGAAGGACCGCAUGAGCUACGCUCACGAAGAGUGCGUCAUCGACCUUACCCAAGUAACGUCGUCCGCCGGGCCCUCGUCCAAGCCCGAGGUCCUGCACGAGCUCGAAGUCGAGAUUGCACGCCCAACGUACCUCCUAGCAACGUCUGCGAAGCGCGGCGAUCCUUCUGCAUCGGAAGCCGAGCGCAGUGCUUUUGACGAGCUCGUUCGGGUGUUUGUCAAUAAUGCUAGAGUGUUGGUGCGGAACGCCGGCAUCUCAGGAGGGUGA